UUCCAUAACGACAUCGCAAAAAAGCUAAAAUUUCCAAAGUCUACCGUUACUUAUGUGCUUAAAAAAUACAAUGAAUGUUUAUCGUUAAAAAGGAACCCUGGUAGUGGCAGAAAAAAAGUGUUAUCUGCUUUUAAGAAAAAUCCUGGACUUUCGGUAAGAGAUGUCGGCAAAAAAUUAAACAUGUCGUCUUCGUAUAUACAAAAAGUAUGCAAAACAGCAGGACUACGUUCUUACAAAGUGAAUGCAGCACCUAAUCGCAACGGUAAGCAAUAUUUGUUGGCGAAACAACGUGCUCGGAAAUUGUACGACAGUCUCAUACAAAAAUUUGGCUGUAUUGUUAUGGAUGACGAAUCGUACGUAAAAGCAAAUAAAAGAGGCAAUGUUGCAGAUAAAUAUAAAAACAAAAAGUUUGACAAAUUUCCCAAAAAGUUUCUCAUUUGGCAGGCAAUUUGCCAAUGCGUCUUCAAAAGUGAUCCUUUUGUAAGCACUGGUACAAUUAACCAAGAAAUUUAUGUUAAGGAGUGUCUGCAAAAGCGACUUUUACCUCUUAUACGGCUUCAUAAAGAUCCAGUGCUUUUUUGGCCUAAUCUCGCGAUAUGUCAUUACGGAAAAAUGGCUUUAGGAUGGUAGCAUAGAAACAAAGUGUAUUUUGUAGCAAAAGAGGUGAAUCCACCUAAUUGUCCAGAGCAUCGGCCGAUCGAAACCUACUGGGCCGUUAUGAAAUCCAAACUUCUUAAGACCCACAAAGCUGUAAAAAACGCACAACAAUUCAAAAAUAAAUGGCAGCUGGUUUCCAAGGAAAUCACUGAAACUUCUGUGCAAGGGCUAAUGAAGGACAUAAAGUCAAAAUUGCGAUCGUUUGCUUAUUACAAGGAGAAUUAACUCUUUUUUAACGAAUUUCAAUAAAACUAAGUUUAGAUGUAAAUAUAUG